UUAUCGAGUACCACUUACAAGUAAGAAAAUUCCUACGAUUACACGGGAUUAUGGAUUGGGUAGAGCCGUAGCUAGAGGUUGCUGCGCGGGAUUAUGGAGUGAGGAUUAAGAUAGAGAGAGAAGAGGAAGAAGAAAAAGAAUGGACGGCAGCGGAGUAGUAAAGCUGAAUUUGAAAGCCCUAAACCAUAUCCAUAUCCUCUGCAAAUCCAGCUUAUCGUCGUCUUCGUCUACCUUCAACCACUCAUCCAUCCAUUUCCGAUUUCAACCUCCGUCAUACUCCUUAUCUCGUUCUCGCUUCAACAACAACCUUCUCCUCUCUCCUUCGCCUCUCUCGUUUUCUGCGCCUGCUUCCAGAUUCUCUCCACUCUCUACUCUUGCUGAAAAGGUUCCUGGAAGUGGUCUGCCUUAUGGAGCUGCUCCGGCAACAGAAUCAAUUCCUUCCAACAAUAUGCUUCAGGUUGUUUUGGUGUCUCCUCAGAUUCCUGGUAAUACCGGGUGCAUCGCCAGAACUUGUGCUGCAUCAGGUGUUAAACUACACCUUGUCGAGCCAUUGGGAUUUAAAAUAGAUGAUGCCAAACUCAAGCGUGCUGGACUGGAUUAUUGGCCUUAUGUAGUUGUCAAAGUGCAUCCUUCCUGGGCUGAUUUUCGAACCUAUUUCUCACUUCAAGAUGGAGAGAAACGGUUACUGGCUUUCAUUAAGAGGGGGACUGCAAUACAUUCAGACUUUACAUAUAGACCUGGUGAUUGGCUUGUGUUUGGAUCAGAAACUAGUGGGCUACCCCCUGAUGCGCUCGAUGACUGCAGAAGUGAAGCAUAUGGAGGUGCAACCAUUAAAAUUCCUAUGCUGGAAACCUAUGUCAGAUGUUUAAAUCUUUCUGUCAGUGUAGGCAUUGCUGUUUAUGAAGCUGCGAGACAGCUAAAUUAUGAGCAGUUCCAAUGUUCAUCUGAUGCCUGUAUCAACAGUGAAAAUCCAUUUAUCACAGAAGAUAUUUUUGGUUAGCCACUGUCAUACUCGAAUCAGUUUGAAUUCUAUUAUAUCCAGCACCUUAACAAAUUUUUAUAGUACUUAAUCUAGUUAAAGGCCCUGGGCUGUGCUUUGGUUAGCUAGACCCGGUCCACAUACUCCACAGCAUAUCCCACAAUCUGUUAGUUUCGAAUCAGGUUAAUUUUAGAAGAGGAUGGGGUUUGGUCAAUCUCUAUAUUCUGAUUUUGUAGCGCAUUUUUUAUUUUAUUUUAUUUUAUUGUACGAAGUAUUAUUUCAUAUGUUAUCAAGAUUAUAGCCUAGUUUUUUUUUGAGUU